AUGUCCCAUCAAACUCUACAUGUCGACGUAUCGCGGCAUGCUCACGACGUCGGGUUUGUGAGGCCGCCCAUGGCAAAGAGAAAGGCAGCCACCACACCGUCGGGCCGUGCAACACGAGACACUGAAGCGUACAGAGAACUGGAAUGGCUCUUCCCCGGGCCUUUGGUCCUGCCAGGUGACGGCCUGGCCAUCGACUCCAAAGAGCCGCCUCAGAGCCUCCGGUCAUGGAUCGGCGAGAAGAUGCGGAACCCAGUCACGCAGCGGAGAAAGACUAUCUACAUCGUACCACCCCCGCUGAUCCCAGCUGACUCGGCCUUCUCCGCCGCUGUCAGCAGCUGGACCGUCCCGCAUAAGCGGUUGGCGAAGAGAUCCGAUGCAGCCUGCAAUCCGCCCGACCCCAAGCACGUCCGCCAGUACCUCGAGGCCUUCUACCACCCUCUCCCGGUCAAGUUCCUGCCAGGCGACGUGCGCUUUGUCCCAUGGACCGACGAUGAGCCCGUCGAGCCUAAUGCCAAGAAGGGACCCAAGGCGCCGCCCCAGAUCCGGUACCUCGGCCUGCAAAUCGGCGAUGGCGUCACGCGCAUCACGACGCGCCGGUGCCCAGACGAGGUCUACGCGCGCCAGUUCAGUCUCAACGACCUCCUGGACGCGGCCAUCGCAGCGCUGCCAGCGGACGCAUACGCGCUGGUUAUGCUGACGCACCACGACCUGUACGAGGACGACGACGACGAUUUCUGCUGCGGCCGCGCCUACGGUAGCAGCCGCGUGAGUGUCGUCUCGGCGGCGCGCUAUCAUCCCGUGCUGGAUGACUCGGUGGGAAUUGAUCGGGAGCAUAUGUGGCCGUUCUCGCAUUGCAAGGCAUAUGUAGAGCAACUGUGCCGGGAGGGCGAGAAUGAGCCGGAAGCCGUUCCCCGUAACUCAAAGCGGCAGAGAACCGCUCCCUACCCCGGGCCGGACACUCUCGGGCCUGUAACAACCGAGAAGCAGCAGCAGCAGGCCAUGGCGGACGUCAUCCAUGCAGCGCUUGCGGCGCCCGAUCCGCAGGCCAGCCCUGCCGGUCUCUGGCUGUCGCGAGUCGCGCGGACGGUCGCGCACGAGCUGGGCCACUGCUUUUGCCUGGCACAUUGCUCGUACUAUGCUUGCGUCAUGCAGGGCACGGGAGGCAUCGCCGAGGACCUGAGGCAGCCGCCGUAUUUAUGUCUGGUCUGCCUGGCCAAGCUGACGAGGGCCAUGCGGGAUGUGGCUAGGGAGGUCGACGAGACGCAGUGGCUGACUGAGCGGUACACGGCGUUGGCUCGAUUCUGUGAGACGUGGGAGCAGGUGGGCCUGUUUGCUGGGUACCGCUGUUGGCUGGAAAGAAGGAUUCAGGCGCUCAGGGCUGCAGCGUCCACUGCAGAAGCUGGACGUUAA